AAUUAAAUUUAAUUCCCGGAUUCCCCUUUUUUUUUGUCCUCCACGAUUUCUCGCCGGUAAUUUUCCCCUCGCCCAAUCUCUCCUCCCGGAGCGGAGAAUCGGUGCCGGAGCUCUGCGCGCUCCGACGAGCUUUUCCUCGGAUUUUUCCCGUGCUCCCUUCUUCCCCGUCGCCGUCGCCGUCGCCAUCGCAAGCAGUGUUUGGGGAACAGCAACACCUGAUGAAGUUCCACAAAGGUGUCAAGGUGGAGGUGCUACAGAAGGCGGAGGCACCGUUUGGUUCCUGGAGGCCUGCCACCAUCGUUUCUGGCAAUGGUCACACCUAUCUUGUAAGCUAUGAUGAACGUCCUUUUGACGGUGGUGUAGACGUGGAAAGGAUUCCAAGAAAGGCGUUGAGGCCUUCUCCACCGCCCUCAGAUGGCCAGGUGUGCUGGGUCCCGGGCGACAUCCUUGAAGUCUUUGACAGCUAUUCAUGGAAGGUUGCGGAAGUCGUGAGAUUGCUUGGUCAGGAGUUUUAUCUCGUCAGGCUCCUCGGAUCCUCCCAAGAAAUGAGAGUGCACGCAUCCAAUCUUAGGACAAGGCAGCUUUGGCAAGACAGCGAUUGGGUUGCUCUUCCAAAGGAUUCUGCAAGAUGUGCUGGUGGUUCACUUAGGAGUCGGACAAAAGGUGGAAACUCAGGGGGCAGUCAUCUUCUGCUGAAGGACAAGGUUUUGUUGGAGGGCAAUAUGUCUCGAGGCAUCAAGAGGAAAUCAUCUGCUGCAUCAGCUUUCCCUAUGCAGCGCAGUGAAGUUACUAAGAAGUUUCAGACUUCUCACAGAGAUGGAAGACGCCAAUAUCUUGGUCCUGGAGAUUCUCUUCAUUUGAUGGAUAAGGUAGAUGCUGUUGAUUCCCCAUGCUUAAUGCUGGGUGAAAAAUGCAUGCAUGAUUCCUUAAAUAACAGAGCUAAUGGCUUUCCUAAAACAAACUUGGCAGCGGUUAACACUUAUGUUGAUUAUCAGUAUCCCGCUGUAACAACUCAAGACCGCGAUACUGAUAGUGCCGCAUCCUCUGUUGGUAGUUGCAGUCCCUACGGUAGCCCCUAUAGGCCAGCACAUCCUCAAGAGUAUGACAGUGAAGAUAUCUGUAGUAGGAAUGAUGACGAUGAUGUUGAAGCUUCUACAUCUGGAAGAGAAUCACCUCUUCCAAUGGAAGGUGGUCUGAAGGAAGAAACCCAUCUGCUUGAGUUGCAUGCUUAUCGUGCAACAAUGAUGGCACUAUAUGCUUAUGGAUCAAUUAGCUGGGAGCAAGAGGCUUUGAUGACUAAUCUGAGGCUUACACUGAACAUCUCAACUGAUGAACAUUUAUCAGAGGCCGAAGUUGGAGGCUUGUAAAGCAUCCUUCGUUAGGUCUGUGUUGAUGGAGGAGUUUGUCACAUGGUUUAUGUGGUGAUCAAUGUGGCAACAUUUCCAUCAAACCUUGGUUGGUAUCUAUUUUAUUUUUUUCGUUUUAUUGUCUUUCUUUUUAGCUUCUUUUCUGGCUCUACUAGCUUUGUUUUUGCAAGGAUACUGUUCAGGAAAUUUUGUUUGACAAUAGUGAACAAAUAAGUUAAUUGUACCAUUCAACAUGCAGUAUGUUUGCAAACAAUAAUGCUAAUGUCAGUACAGAGAACCACUAACUUUUUCGUCACACUUUAUUGGAAUUUCGGAUAACUGUAAUUAGUUUUGAUAUAUUCUUAGGUUGGUAAAAGAAGUAAUUGGUUGUCAUAAUUGCACAAUGUGCUCUCUCUUUGGUUAAUUUCCAUAUGAAUAGAGUGUUGAUUAAGUCGAAAAGCUCAAUAAACAUAGGCAUGGUGCUGGAUUUUAGGUUGAUAAAUUUAGAUAUCAGUCAUAGCACGCAGAAGUGUGCGAUUUGUUGAAGUAGCCUUACAGAGAUCUAUCUUGGUCACAGUACUCUUGAAAUGGUAGGUCUCGGAAGCUCAUCUGUAAGAGUUAAUAGCUGGUUUUUGCUUUGCAAGAGUUCAUAUCGGCCAAAAGAUUAUGUGGAGUAUUCUGAGAAAUAAGGGAGAGCACCCUUAAUGAUAGACUUAUUGGCUUUGGGCAACGUGAGCGGUGAUCUAAACAAGCUGAUUACUUGAUGUGGACAGUGAGUGGUAAGUAGGCAUAUUGUUAACCCUCAGCCCUCAGAAGUUCUACGGUAGGUUUGUUAAUUUCCUGACACAUGGUCUAUCCGUGUAUGUAAAGUGCUUCUCUGAAAGGUGCUGGCUGGGAUGUUACUAUAUGAUAUUUUAUUUCCUUACAAGCACUUAGGGAGGCUAAUUUUGUAUUCAAUAAAUGUUAAGUACUCUGAAAUAUAGUGCUCCUCGGAUU